GCUUUGGGUUAAUGUACCUCAUUUCCAUAAGCCUUCCCCCCUCUUUUGUUAAACUAUUAAGCAAACUGCGGCAGCACACAAAUAGAAGGGAAAAUUCAUAAAAACCAAAUGAGAGCACUUUGUGAAAUCAUCCUCUGAAAUAAUUACUAACUGGAAGUAAAGAUUCUACUUUACAGACCAGUUGUAAGUUGUCUGGAUCACUAUGAAUUGCUGGCUGGUCUGUUCCAUUGUAUUUCUGCUGUCAGGAUGUUGUAUCUCACAAGAUGAAACAAUCGUCUGUGUCCUCUUUGACAUACCUAAUGGGUUUUUUAUGGAAUCAAGUGGGAGUUUUAAUAUUAGUAAUACAACAACCUAUGGCUGCCAGACUGGCUUCACAACUUUGCAAGGACUACACAGAGGAGAGACAACGUGUCUUCUAGAUGGAUGGGUACCCAAACCAGAAUGUAUCAAGACGUGCCCAAAGCCAGUGGACGAGAACAUUAUCUUCAGCACAACUAAACCAGUUGCAUUACUGGAGGAAAAACUGAUCUUUGAAUGUACAGAUGGACAUGAAACCAUUAACCAGAAAAGAGGUGGUCAAGCAGUAUGCACAUUGAAAGGAUGGAGCCCAAAGCCUCAGUGCCUAUCUAUAGAAUGUGAAAUACCUAUUCUGGAGCAUGGAAGCAUUCAUCCAAGAAAAGAUCAAUAUGUGAACAGAGAUGUGGUAAAAUUUUCCUGCAUCAGAGGAUACACAAGAGUUGGUUCUGACUCUGCACAGUGUUAUCAUUUUGGAUGGUCCCCACAACCUCCAACUUGUAAAGAAAAGGUUACCCCUUGUCAACAACCACCCAGGAUUUCACAUGGCAAUCUUAUUGGUGACCUUCAUGAAGAAUAUCAGCAUGGGGAGAAGAUGGCUUAUGAGUGUGAUGCCCGUUUUGGAAUGGUUGGAUCAAGCACUGCAGAAUGUGUUGAUGGAGAAUGGAUGUUUUUGCCAUCAUGCAUAGAGGAAGAAAAAACGUGUGGACCACCUCCCAGUAUCACAAAUGGACAUCCUGUCAUUGUUGACAACAAAAACACACAUUGGCAUGGUGAAACUGUGGAAUAUGUUUGUGAUCAAACCUUUGUCAUUCUUGGGACCAACCCAGCCAGGUGCCUUCGGGGACAAUGGGAGGUACCUUCAUGUACAGAUGGUGCAGCAAAAUGUAGACGUCCAAAGAAUGCAAAAUUUGUACCAUAUGCUCCUCUUACAAAGAUGUUUGACAAUGGUAGAGCUGUAAACUAUAUGUGUGGUUCCAGUCUUCAUACAACAAAAUGUAAUCAUGGAAAAUGGUCACCGGAACCAGAAUGCAAAGUUAAAGAAUUUUGUCCACCACCCCCUCAGCUUCCAAAUGCUAUCAAUGAAAUUGAGAUGAAAAACUACAAUAGUGGUGAAGAGAUAAGCUUCACAUGCAAGGAACAUUUUCUUCUUCAAGGUCCACAAAAAAUAUUGUGCAAAGAUGGAAGUUGGCAGACACCCCCACGCUGUGUAGAGGCAGAAGGAAGAUGUGGUCGCCCACCUUCUAUAGAAAAUGGAGAUGUUGCAGACACUCUAAUGACAGACUAUAUGUCAGGUGCAACAGUACACUAUAAAUGUUUACUUUUCUACCGAAUGGAAGGAGUCCCAGCAGUACAUUGUCACAAUGGUACCUGGACAGAAAGGCCAAGGUGCACAGAGGCUUGUACAAUAACAGAAGAAGACAUGAGUUAUAACAAUAUAAGCCUGAAGUUGGCAGUGGGUCCAAAACUGUAUAUAGAAUCUGGAGAAACAGCAGAGUUUAUCUGCAAAAAGGGCUAUCAGGCAAAUCCAACCUCCUCUCCAUUCAAAGCACUCUGUAUUGCAGGCAAGAUGGAGUAUCCCAUAUGCAUAGAGGCAUAUUGAGUGAAUCUGAAGAAGUAUACAGCAGCUGCUUAUAAACAACACAAUUUUCCAAACAUCAUUUUUGUUUUUUGUUUUUUCAAAAAGCCAUAUUAAUUGAUUUUUUAGUUAUAUUUUCAAUAGGUAAUAGAUAGAUGUUAAAGAGGUUGGUGGCUCUGUUGCUUUGGGUUCAUUAAUCCAUGCUGAGCUUUUACAAGAACAAGAUUAGUCUUGUGCAUUUGUAUGGAAUUGUCUGUUUCUAUUUGUACUAUUUGUAUGGCCCCAUUUCCAUUUCUGUCUACUAUGAAUGGAAAUGGGCACCUAUUCAAAUGGGCUUUUCCAUCCAAGGUUUGAAAAAAACAAAGAUUUUUCUGGCCUUGGGCGACAAAAUGCUAGGGCCUGCCAGCGAGGGCCUACGAGCACCAAGCACUCAAUGGCUCAUAGGUCCGGCUCGUACGGCCUACAGUCAAGCACCCAACUGUAGGUCCGGCAGGCAGGGCCUACAAGUGCCAAGCGCUUGAUGGCUCAUAGACCUGGCUCACAGGGCCUACAAUAAAGUGCUGAGUGCUCGAUACUUGACUGUAGGCCCUGCAAGCUGAGCCUACAAGCCAUUGAGUGCUGAGCACUCGAAUGUAGGCCCUAUGAGCCGGGCCUAUGAGUGCCGAGUGCCCAGUGCUUGGCUGUAGGCCCUGCCAGCCAGGGUCUACAGCCAAGCACCAAAAAUCAGCCAGCCAAACAGCUAUCAUUCCCCUUUUCCUUUUGUUUCAUUGCUUCUUUCGUUCUCAGGGGGGUUAUACUGUUCUGUGCCAUCUGAAUGGAUGGAAUGCUACAAAACCACAAUAGAAAUAGAGGAAACAAGAUUUGGGCCCUACUCUACUCUAGGUUUUACAGGCACUACCCAAUGUGCUGAAUCUAUUUUGGAGACAGAAUUUGUAACCUUGAACAGCUUCCACAAAGUUCAAGAGUAGCUCUCAUGAAAUACAGCAUGGUUUUGGUUCCCCAAAUUAACUUGAUUGUAGGCCCUGCGAGCCAGUUCCUCUGGCUUUAUCUUUGUAAAUUGUUAGAAUGGGUCUUGAUUCUGUGAAAGAAUGUGAAAAUUUACACCCCUGAGUAGACAGUUGUCUUUCACUGUUGACUUAUUUUGAGUGCUGUUAUGUAUGCCACAUGCUGAUGUCACAGUUUUUCAGCCAUCUUCUUAUGCCCCAGUAAUGAGCUGUAACUGCUCAUGUGCUGUGAUAACCGAUCUCAAACUAUAAGCUUUUAAACUCUUUUUGAGAGGUUCAUAACAAUUCACAAUAAUCAAAACUCAUGGAGAAAGAGAUUGGUACUAAGUGGGUUAUGACUUCAUGGAACAUUGAUGAAACAUUACAAAAAAAUUUGAGAAAAUUUUGAAGUAAAACAAACCUGAAAAUGUUAUAUAGUUGGAAGAUAUAUUAAAAUAAAUACCUAUGUUGCAUUAUGAACUUUAUACUGAAGCUUUAACAUGUCUUGUGCAUGCAUACACAACAACAAGGGGUGCAUAUAUGUGUCAGAUACCUUAGACAACUGGUCUUUAGACAACUAGUGGGUGCUUUUUAGAGCUGAGAUGGCCAGUUCCCACUCCCAGAUCAUUUAUGAGCUGAACUCUUCCUCUGGGCACACCAAAACAAUCCAUUUUUUUUUUCAAAAUGGUGACUAGAAAUGAUGCCAUUUUGAGAUGAACUUUCGGGAAAUAGAGAUACUGCGGAUGAUGAUGAAUUUUUACACAUUCAGAUUUUUGAUAUCAAAAACAUGAGAAAAUUUCAAAUUUUUGAGGGGAAAAUUGGAGUAGUAGAUAUUUCAAAGACAAAAAAAAAUGGAGACCAGAGUAUGGAUGGGAACCUCACUUUCAUUACACUUGGUUGAGAAAUAGGGUCAAGGUGGGAUGGGGCAUUGCAAUGUAAAUAAGAAAUCUGGGGGGGGGGGGGCUAUUGUAAUAUGUUAUUUUGUAUGAGACCAACCAAAUUUGCUAUGACAUAUUUAUAUUGUAAUGAUUUUAUCAACACCAAGGAACCUUGCCUUCAAAAAGAGAAAAAUGUUUUUUUCAAUACAGAGGUAACUCUUUUCUCUGGCAAAUUCCAGGUGCAGGUGCAAAAUAAGAAUGAUUCAACUGUAUGCCAGUCUGUUUUAGUGAUAAAUUUUAUUUUGUAAAUAGCUGAAUCAUAUUCUGUACUGGUUUGCUGACUUUUGUUCCCUACUACAAAUGCUGUAAAUGCAAUAUUAUGUGCCCAGGAUCACCUCAUCAUAUGUUAUGGCGCUGUUGUCGAGUCACGAUACCCCCCACCCCCAAAAAAGAUGUAUAGUUCACCCAAGACUCCGUAACAAAUAUAUGUUUUUUUCCCUAUUUUUGAAUAGUUUGAAUAGCUGUCAAAUUAUUUAAGACAUCUUGCUUCGUCUGUAUGUUUAUGCUUGUAUGCUUGUACCUUUGAAGCAUCUCACUCAUACUUGCAUCCUUUUUGGUCGAACUGAAUAAACCUCUUUGGCUUGACUUCAA